AGUAUACCUCGUUAAGUGUAUUUUACACUGAAAGGUGCUAUAGCUGUAGCCAAUUGAUGUUUGUUUCAAUUAUGAAAAAAAAUAGAGAGAACAACUUUAGAAUAACUUUAUUGUAUUGAAAAUGUAAACAGACAUUUUUUUAUAGUAUAGUAGCUGUUCUUCGAUGAAGAUUACUUUCCUUAAAUUGUCAUAAACCUGUUCUAAACGAACAGGUAUUUGAUCAUGUUACCGUAGUAUCAUCCCAACUAUGAUCCCAAUCUAUCUGCAUAUGAUACAAGGUAUCUUCACUUUUUACAGCAGUGUUGUCAGAUUAAUGGUGCUAUGUUUAUAAUUUGGAAUCAUCUAUAUUCAAUACUCUACAGAUUUUAAAUAAAAUAAAAAUACGGAAAUAAUUUGUUCCUGCCAAUAAAUGAAUAAAUAGAAGUACUAUUUGUUGAACCAGCUAUAGAUACAUAUUUCACCAGCUAGUUUUAUUUAAUAAUUAAAUUGGAUCAAACGUUUCAUACUUUUAAUUAUCAUAAAUUGAAAAGUCUGCAUAGAUAAAACUAACAUCAUAAUUAUAGCGAUUCAGUUAAAACUAUAGUAUAACUUUCUCUUUUUCGUCAUUAUGUAAAUAGUACCAAUUUAAGUUGAAAAAAAAAUGAAAUAAUUUUAAUUCUGAAAAUAAGAAUAUCUUACAAAACAAGCUCAAGCAAUCAACAGACCUACUUUCACACAAGUUUGAUGAAACACUCAAUGGAUCAUGUCCAAAAUUACAAAUUCCAUAGAUAUACUGUCCAAGUAUAGGACAAUUUUUUGGUGACUUGUGGACUAUGUGGUCAUCUCAAUGUUGAUAAAAGUUUGUUGUAAUAAAAAUGCAAAGCUUAGAAACAACUUGUGAUGAGGGAGAUAAUUCCGUAAAGAGGUAUAAAACAAGUCAAACGCAAUUAUCUCAACUGAAUAAUCAAGAACAGUUCACGGCAGUGAAUGCUGCUUCACAAGAAAUAACUGAAAAUCCAUCUGGAAAGCCUCCUAUUGAUAUUUUUGAGAAACUUUUAGAAUUGCAUAAAGAGGAAUGUUGUGAAAAAGACAAAAAAUUUAAGGAGGAAGAGGAAAACGAUUUGGAAAAUGUAAAGUACUACUCUCUCCUAUUAGAAAAAUUAGUAGCUAAAGAAAGACUGAACACAUUGAUUUUAAACCUUUAUCCCGGCAAUAAAGGUUACUCACUGGCAUUUAGAACUUUAUCUCGUUCUGACCCCAACUACACUGAAGAUACUGCCAAUAUGAUAGAAACCAAACCGUGGCCUUAUGAAGAGGAUGAUCUCCUUCGAUAUGUUGAUAACGAAGAACUUCCACCAUUUAUUUUGGAUCUUUUAGAACCACAGUUUAGUUACCUUUUUUAUAACGGAUGUAUAAUAGCAGAAGUUAAAGACUAUAGACAGGCGUACCCUCAUUUUAAAUGUGAUAGCCACCAUGUUCUCCUAAAGCCUACACAAAGGAGCGUUAUGGCAGAUAUACAUAAUAUAAUGGAAGAAAAACCCGAGUGGAGUAACGAAGAAAAGGAACAGUUGGAGAGCCAGCUUUUGAUGGCGAACUCACCGGGAUUGUGUUUAGAUCCUGACCAUACGAUAGGCGAAGAAGUAACAGAAGUGUACAAUAGGAGAAAAAUGUGGAACACAUACAAAUUCCGACGAAUGGCUAAGAAGUUUUCACAAGUAACAGUUAAUCGCAAAAGGAAAUUAGACCAAUUCACUUAUAGACCCGGUUUAGAAUUUUACGAGUUUCUUACUAGAACGAGGAACAAAACUAAAUCGAACGCUAACUCCUCCAUAACCUCAAAAAUUACAGGAACCAAUAUUAAAAAAGAUAUACCAGUGCCAAAUUUAGAUUCUCCCAUAUUAACCCCACCUCAAGAAAUUAAUAUAAACGAAUUUAAACCUUAUCAAAGACCGAAAGAGACGAACGAUUGCAUGCCACAAUUAAUAGAAGAAUAUAUCCUUGAAACGGAUAUGCCUUCAAAAGAAAAAGGUAGUCCGAGAGUGUAUCAUAUUAAAUUAUCAAUAUUACAAAGACCGUCAGAUUCAGAAUACCUCGGUGAACUCUAUUUAGAUAGGGAUCAUAAAAAGAACGAACAGAACGGCGUGGCUUGUAUGUUUUCGCUCGGAUCUCGUAUGAACGCCAACAGAUACAUCCACCAAUUUACGGAAAUUUUCACUGAAAGCGGAAGAAAAUCGGUUAGGAUAAGUUAUAGGUUGAGUCCGGGGUAUAAAGAGAGGAUAGCUCAAGCGCAGGCACAAGUUCAAUUACAAAAUACCAUUCAAAAUACCAACUUACCUCAACAACAUUUACAACAAUUGACGGCGGCGGUCGCGAUGAAUGGUACAGUUGUUAAUUCUUUAAAUACACCAAAUCAAGAAGCUUCUAAUGUUACGAUAUUGAAAAGUCAUUUACAGGGAUCUGCGAAACCCUCUACUCAGGAGCUGGCCAUAAGUGCUUUGGCUACUAAAUUGAUGAAUUCCGCUCAGCAAUUUCAAGCAGAAUCCGCAAAAAAAGAACAACAACAACAACAACCGCAACAACUGUCGUCCCAACAUCAGUUACAAGAACCACCUCAACAACAACAAUCCAGAUUAUCCGGCAACACCGCCAUAUUAAAUUUAUUAAACAGUUCACCGGCUUCGAAUAUAAAUACCGACGCGGUAGUGAACGCCAUAAACAAUUCCCAAAUAAUACCUCAACUUCAAGCGGUUAAUCAAAAAAUAGUUUCUCGUAAAAUGACAAUUCCGAGCGUGGCUAACGCCAGAGUUUUGAGUCACAAUAAUUUGAUAACUUUGAAUAGUUCUCGGUUAAAUUUGCAAGAUUUGGGUCAACAGACUAUAACGUUGGCUUCGGUUAAUACAAACAAUUUAUCGAAUUUAACUACGGUGCCAAUAAAACAACAAGUAACUAACCAAAGACUAAUAGGAAAUAAUUCUGGUGAUAAUAAAUCCGCUCUGUCGGCGUUGUUAGUAGGUACUCCGGCGGCGGACAGACCGGAUAUAAUAGGACCCAAUACAAAUUCGUUAUUACUAGAAAAAUUAGGACCCAAUAACGUACAACAAACUCAUUACAUUCAAAGUUCAAAGCCGAAUCAGCAAUACAUGGUUCAGCCCCCUAAAGGGAAUACUACCGUACUUAAUUCGAUAUCUAGUCCCCCGCCACAAACGAGCGGUACAAUAAACGUUCAAGGUUUAAAUAUCGCGCAGUUACACGGCAUACCCGGUAUACAAGUACAAUUACCCGGUUUCUCACAACCAAUUUCGCUUUCGCUUAACGUUUCAUCCGCCGGUAAUAUACAAGCGCAUCCCGCGAGUUUGAUAGUAACCCUGCCGACCACCACGACACAGACUUCUAAUUCGGUUACCCAAGCAGCUGUAACUAGUAACGUUAGUGGAGUUAAUAGUGUUGGUAUAAAUCCUCAGACCGUUAUGUUGACAAAUUCCGGCAAUUCAAAUUUGGCGCAAUUAGUAACUUCCGGAGUAAAAGCUGUAACUUCACAAGGCAUUCGAACAUCGUCCCCUUCACAGACCGUGUCAAUAGCUCAAAGUGGACAAUCUUUCCAAUUGAUAACACCGCUACAAAGAUCAAGAACUCAACAGACGACUGUCCAACAACAACAACAACAAACCCUUACCGCUAAAUCACUGCAAAGGACUCCUAUCACAAUCAAAAUGGCAUCACCCAGUCCAAAUCAGUUGAAUGAUUUGCAACUGAAUUUCGAUAAUUAAAUGCCCAUGACAGAUACAUUUGUAGUUAAAUUAUAUGUAUAAGGAAUACAUGCUUUAUUUUUAUUUGUUUUAAUUUAUUGUGAAUACUUUUUACAUUAAAUAUGUCCAUGUGUUGUUGGUUUUAAAUUUAAUGAUUGUUAAUAAACGAGAAAAUUAUUAUUAA